AUGGAAGAAUGCUUUCGAAAGGGGCUGGCCAAGGCAAUCGGUGUGAGUAACUUUAGCACGAAAAAGCUGCACGACUUGCUUCAACAUGCAAAGAUCACUCCUGCAGUGGAUCAGGUGAUCAUACGAUGGCUCACGGAAAUCCAUGUAGCUCCCGUUGUCAAGAGCUACAACUCCCAGAGACUGCUGGAAAACAUUAAUAGCUUCGAUUUCAGCUUGGCAGGCGGUGACCAUAAACGAUUCGAGAGCAUCGCACAGGAAAGGAUUUUCACUACCAGUCCUUACAAGUCACCGUUUGAGCUAUGGGAUGGAGAGAUUUGA